AUGCCUCCCGUAAUUGACCACUAUGGAAGAACUCAUUUCGAGUUGGAGUAUAUGCUUCCCAACGCCACGGUUCGAUCACCAUCGAGUCCUCACAGUUUGACUGUGAACGAGGUGUUCGCAAUAAUAAUGCUACCAAUUAUUCUAAUAGGAAUAUUCGGAAAUACGGUUUCCAUAUAUGUCUAUAGCAGAAAACAUAUGAAGAAGAGUACGGUUGGCUUUCUUCUUCUCAGUUUAUCCAUAAUUGAUCUUUUUGUUCUUCUUGCGGCUCUUCCGACUUUUUCCAUCUACAAACUACCCUUUCUUCCCGGCUACAACAAAAUUGGCUCCUUUCAUACUAUUCUUAGCGCUUUUUGUAUUGUUUAUGUCUACCCAAUUGGUUGUACUGCAAAAAUGACAAGUCAAUAUAUCAUCGUACUGAUUGCCGUUGAAAGAUGGUUCGCAGUGUGCCGUCCGUUACAAGUUCAAGUCUGGUGCACACUGAACAACACGAUAAGGGCAAUGAUCUAUAUAAUAGUAGUUGCCGUGGUAUUCAAUGCUCCACGCUUCUUGGAAUUUACUGCUGACUUAUCCACUGGAAUUGUCAAUAUGGGUCUUUCACACAGUGCAAAUAACAAAUGGUAUUUCAUUCUGUAUUAUGGAAUACGCUCUAUCUUCUUCGAUACUCUCAUUCCAUUCACUGUGAUCUCUGUAACCAAUAUCCAAGUAAUCAAGCAACUCCAAAAAUCAAAUGAAGAACGUAAAUUGCUCACAACACAGCAACAAAAAGACAAGAAAACGACCACGAUGCUUCUAGUUAUGGUAAUUUUGUAUGCCUCCUGCCACAUGUUCAAUACGAGUUUGAAAUUUGUUAAUUUGAUCUUCAAGACAUAUGCACAAUUCCAGUUCACUCUAUUCCGAGUCCUCCACCACAUAUCAAAUCUAUUACUUGUCACUUAUUCCAUGUCUACAUUUUUCAUUUAUCUAAUUUUCUCGGUUAAAUAUCGCCAAGUGAUUGCCGCAGUUGUCUCAUGCAGGAACGUGGAAGAACUGAAUACGACGUCUAGUCGAGGAAAACCAAAGACAGUUACGGUCAAAUCGACAUCAUCAAAUGGAUAUGCAACAAUCAAAAGUGUGUGA